AUGGCAGAGCUGGUGGCCACCAUGGUGGUCGGGCCGCUGCUGUCCAUCGUGAAGCAGAAGGCGUCCAGCUACCUGCUGGACAAGUACAAGGUGAUGGAUGGCAUGGAGGAGCAGCAUAGGGUGCUCAAGCGCAAGCUGCGAGCCAUCCUUGACAUCAUUGCCGACGCCGAGCAGGCGGCGUCCCACAGGGAUGGGGCCAUGGCCUGGCUGGAGGAAGUCAAGAGGGUGGCCUACGAGGCGAACGAGGUGUUCGACGAGUUCAAUUAUGAGGCGCUCCGCCGUGAGGCCAAGAAGAACGGGCACUACGUCAAGCUUGGCUUCGAUGCAGUGAAGCUCUUUCCCACACACAACCGUUUUGCAUUCCGCAACAAAAUGGGGAAGAAGCUCUGCAGGGUUCUGCAGUCCCUUGAAGUCCUUGUGGCUGAGAUGAAUGCAUUUGGGUUUAAAUAUCAGCAGCAAGCACCGGCAUCCAAGCAGUGGAGGAAGACGGAUCAUGUUAUCUUUGAUCCAAAGGAAAUCAUCAGCAGAUCGAGAAGCCAAGAUACUAAGAAUAUUGUUGCCACACUACUUGGUCAUGCUAGCAAUGAAAAUCUCAUGGUUCUUCCCAUCGUUGGAGUAGGGGGGCUAGGCAAGACCACCUUAGCGCAGCUCAUUUACAACGAACCUGAAGUUCAGAAGCAUUUUGAGUUGUUGAUUUGGGUUUGUGUCUCUGACAACUUUGAUGUGGAUUCCCUGGCUAACAGUAUUGUUGAAGCAGCAACUCCAAACAGAAAUACAGCCGAAGCAACUUCCAAGAAAAGGCCACUGGAUAGGCUUCAAGAUGGACUAAGCGGGCAUAGGUAUCUCCUUGUAUUGGAUGAUGUCUGGAACCGAGAGAGCGAUAAGUGGGAAAUGCUCAAGGCCCGUCUUACACUUGGUGCCAAGGGUAGUGUGGUUCUGACAACUACUCGUGAUGGAGGAGUUGCAAAAAUAAUGGGUUCAGUGAAACCCUAUGAUCUUGCAGAGUUGGAGGAUGACUUUAUAAGGGAAAUUAUCGAGAGAAGAGCAUUCAAUUUGCAGAAGGAGGAAGAAAGACCUGCCGUGCUAGUUAAUAUGGUUGGUGAUAUUGCAAAGAGAUGUCGUGGCUCUCCUUUGGCUCCAACAGCACUGGGCUCUAUGCUGCAUACAAAGACCAGCGAAGAAGAAUGGAAGGCUAUUGCAAGCCAAAGCAACAUUUGCACCGAGGAAUCUGGAAUAUUACCAAUACUCAAGCUCAGCUACAAUGACUUGUCAUCGCAGAUGAAGCAGUGCUUUUCUUUCUGUGCCAUGUUUCCUAAGGAUUACGAGUUUGAUGUGGACAAGCUGAUCCGACUAUGGAUUGCACAUGGCUUUAUCCAGGACCGAAAAGAUGUUAGUCUCGAAACCAUUGCCAAAUGGAUUUUCAGUGAGCUGACCUCGAGGUCAUUCUUUGUGGAUGUGAAGCAAGUUGAAGUCGAAUGCUACGAAAUUGGGUUCAUCAGAUGUGUUGAUCGUUAUUACAAAAAUACAUGUAAAAUCCAUGAUCUUAUGCAUGAUGUCGCACUGUCUACAAUGGAAAAAGAAUGUGCACUUGCACCUGACAAACCACUUACCUGUCAGAUUGAGUGGCUUCCAGAUACAGCUCGCCACUUACUUUUGUCUUGUGAACAACCAGAAACUAUAUUGAAUGAAUAUUUGGCGAAAAGAUCUCCGGCAAUCCAGACACUUAUGUGUGAUAUGUACAUGAAAGGUCCAUUGCGGCAUUUAUCAAAAUACAGCUCUUUGAAGGCAUUACGGCUCUAUAUACGGAGUAACUCAUUCCCUUUGAAAUCAAAGCAUCUGCAUCACCUAAGGUACCUUGAUCUCUCAGGAAGUGAUAUCGAAGCACUUCCUGAAGAUAUAAGCAUUCUACACAACCUGCAAACAUUGAAUAUCUCUGGCUGCCAACAACUUCGUCAGCUUCCAAGUCAAAUGAAUUAUAUGACAUCCCUUCGCCACCUCUACAAUCAUGGUUGUCCAAAGAUAAGGAGCAUGCCUAGUGACCUCCGAAAACUAAUGUCACUGCAGACGCUUACAUGUUUUGCAGCAAGUCGUACCGGCUCUGGGUGCAGUGAUGUUGGAGAGUUGCAACAUUUAAACCUUGGUGGACAGCUAGAGCUAAGGCGGCUAGAGAAUGUCACAGAAGAAGAUGCAAAAGCGGCAAAUCUCGAAAAGAAGAAGGAACUCCGAGAACUGACAUUAGGAUGGACUGUUGGUAGUAUGGAUGAUGCACGAGUGCUCGAGGUUCUAAAACCACAUCAUGAGUUGCAGGCUGUAAGGAUAAAUUUGUACGGAGGCACCGCCUUUCCAACAUGGAUGGGUAUGUUGCAAAACAUGGUUGAGAUCCAUCUUUACUAUUGUAAAAAAGUGCAAUGGUUAUUCAGUUGUGGUACGUCCUUCUCUUUUCCAAAUCUGAUGGUGUUUACACUAAAAGGUCUGGAAUGUUUGAAGGGAUUGUGGGAAAUCACAAACAAGGAACAGGGUGAAGAGAUAAUAUUUCAGCAGCUUGAGAAGUUAUGUACUGUUGAAUGUGGAAAAUUGACAGCGUUACCAGAAGCAACAUUGCUUAGACAAUCUUAUGGUACAAUGGCACCAUCAGCAUUUCCAGCACUAAAGGUUCUCGAAUUGAUAAACUUGAGAAACUUUGAGAGAUGGAAUUCGGUCGUAGGAUCUCAAGGAGAAGAUAUCAUUUUUCCUCAUCUUGAGAAGAUAUAUGUUAUAGGCUGUAAGAAGAUGACAACAUUACCAGGACAGCAAAAGGUUGAAUCACCAAAGCUCCGUGUAUUGGACAUGGAGGGAAGUGAGGAAGAGAUGUUCCUGUGGGUAGCUACACAUAUGACUUCAUUGACCAGUCUGAAACUCAAGAACCUUGUAGAUACAGAAACAACCUCGGCAGCGGGGGCUGAGCAUAGUUUGACACAAGUGGUGGACAUCAUGGAAAAAUGGAACCGUCAUGAUUUCCCUUUGGUAGAUAUGAAGUUAACUGGCCUUAAGACGGGUGUAACAGAGCUAUGUGCAUGUUUUGUACAGCUUCAAGACUUGUGCAUUCAUGAUUGUGCUGCACUUAUCCACUGGCCAGAGAAAGAGUUCCAAAGCUUGGUAUUCUUGAGGGUUCUAAGGAUAAGGGACUGCAAACAACUGGUUGGAUACGCACAAGCUCCUGCAGCUGUGCCAUCAACAUCAUUAGAAUCCUCGAGCCAUCUCCUGCCACGUCUUGAGUUCCUUGAUAUAGAUGGUUGUGAAAGCAUGGUAGAGUUGUUCAAACUCCCUGCAUCCCUGAGGGGAAUGGAAAUUGUUAAUUGCACUAAGCUCAAGUCCAUAUGCAGCAGGAUGCUGCAGGAAAGACAGUCACCAUCAUCGAAUCUUCAAGGGGGAUCACAUGUAUAUUCAGAGGUGUCAUCAUCAUCAGCUGUAUCCAGGGCGGAGCAUUUUCUCUUUCCAUGUUUAGAAUAUAUAUACAUAAAGAAGUGUGAUAGCUUAACAGGGCUCCUCAGUCUGCCUCCGUCCCUUGAAACAAUAAUGGUUUCUAGGUGUGAUCAGUUAAGAUCAGUGGAAUCUCACUCGGGAGAGUUCCCAUCGUUGGAACGCCUUGACAUCGUUGGAUGCAAAACCCUGUCAUCCCUACCGGAUGGGCCACAAGCAUACUCAUCUCUCCAGAGGCUUGAGAUUAGAAACUGUCCUGGUAUAAAGAGGCUCCCUACAUGCCUGCAAGAACGUCUAAGCAGCCUUGAGGAGAAAGAUCUAGAUGGCCAUUAUCAAGCUGUCGCCGAGGAAGUUGCUUUGCAGCUUGGUGUCCAGCGUGACCACUCCUUCAUCUCGGACGAGCUCGAGAUGAUGCAGUCAUUCCUGAUGGCUGCUCACGAUGAGAGAGACGACAAUUGGGUGGUCAGGACUUGGGUGAAACAAGUCCGUGACGUCUCCUACUCUGUCGAGGACUGCCUCCUGGAUUUUGCUGUCCGUCUCGAGAAGCAAUCCUGGUGCUGUCUCUCUCGCAAGGUGCUGGCCCGCCGUUAUGUGGCGAUGCAGAUGAAGGAGCUCAGAGACAAGGUUGAGGAGGUCAGCCAGAGGAGCCAACGGUACCACCUCAUCAAGGGCUCUAGCUCCAAGCCUACCUCCGCUGUUGGGCAGCAUAUCAUGUCCAGCACGACGAUGUCUGCCGCCGAUGAUGCAAGGCUGCAGCAGCAUAAAGCAAAAACGGAUCUCGUCGAGCUGAUCAAUUGCAAGGAUGAUGCACUUCGAGUGAUGGUGUUGUGGGGCACAAGUAGUAGUGAUCUGGGGGAGAUAUCCAUCCUGAAAAGUGCCUAUGAAGACCCCAUGAUACACAAGAAUUUUGAUUGUUGUGCUUGGAUCACAUUGAUGUGUCCUUUCAAUCAGGCAGAUUCGAUUCAAAGCAUUGUUAGCCAAAUCUGUGUUAAUUCUCUUCAAGACUCUGGAGAGGAAGGUAAAACAACUAUUGGGGCCCAAGUUCUUAAGAUGAUGGCAACAACGAUGGAAGAUGCUUUGGCUCAUGAGUUUAAGAGAUAUUUGAAUGACAAGAGUUACUUAAUUGUACUCAACGACAUACACACCAUUGAAGAGUGGGGUCGCAUUAAAACAUGUUUCCCAGACAACAAGAAAGGAAGCCGAGUCAUAGUUUUCACUAAGCAAGUUGCAGUUGCAAGCUUAUGCAUGGGAGCAGAGGAUGAAACUCUAGUGCAUAAGAAGUUAUUUGCUGAUAAGCCUCUUUAUGCUUUCUACCAGAAGGUAUUUAAGGAGGCUGUAAGUUUGGAUGAGCGACAUCCAGAGUUGGUUGAACCAACAAAACUGAUAUUGAAGAAGUGCAGAGGGCUUCCCCUUGAACUAGUCAUCAUAGGUGGCUUCUGA